AUCCACUCGCACCUUCUUGAAGAUAAUUUGAUAAUACCAAACAUACUUGUUCUUCCCAGCCGUUGGAAGGACAGAAAAUUUUUGCAGGGGAAGCAAACCCAGAGCUCAAAAUACAACCUACGAUUUGUUUUUUCAAUGUUUGUAAAUCUUAUCCGAUGAGCUUCUUCUCAAGAAUGGACAGUCUCUGUCUUGGCACAAGCACCACCGCCAACAGUUUCUCCGCGCUUCAAUUCUUCUCGCAGCCCUCCAUCCAUGGCAUUGGUAGGAGCUCCAAAAUUCUGAGGUUUCCUAUCAGAAAACCUCGAAAUACUCUGGUUCUUGCAUCAAAAGAUAAACCCGAGCUGGACGAGUGGGAUCGAAUGGAGCUUAAAUUCGGUAGAAUGCUUGGGGAGGACCCCGAACUCACCAUGGCAAAGAUAAUGGGGAGGAAGUCGAAUCCGGAUUUGUCUUAUUUGGAAAUUGAGAAGCUAUUUUACAAACGGAAAGGACGGAAGGGCAAGACAUCGAGUGAUGAAAUAGUUGAUAUCCCGUUUGAUCUGUCUGAUGAAAAGAAGUCUAAAAUAUCAACACAAGGACUAAAUUUGGUCCGUCCUGUUCCAAGGAAAGGAGUUAAGUUCGAAGCAGUUAACAAUGGCCGACCUGUAAAUUUGUCUGAUGAAAAGAAGUCGGCAAUAUCCACACAAGGGCUGAGUUUGCUUCGUCCAGUUCCAAAUAAAGGUAUCAAGUUUGAGGCAACUGAUAAAAUGUCAAAAACCAAUGGUGAAAACUCUACCCGACCAGAGAAAAAAUCUGCGGACGAGGUCAAAAGCAGCGUACCCAAUGUUAUUUUGCGAAAACCAAGUUUGGUUAAUGAGGAUGUUGAUGGUGCCAACGGGAAAAAAACUUCAAGGUUUGGCAUGAAACCAAACUUGUCUCUAAGAAUGGGGAACGAGAUGCAAAAGGAGAGGUUUAGUGAUAUCACACUGUUGAAAAAGCCCGAGCCAAUGACCAUAAGUAAUGAAGUGAACAGCCAAUCUGAUUCUAGUUUUGAAAUUGAAGACGAGGAUAAUGUCAUCACUUUCAAUAAGGAGAGAGAACAAGAGUCAUCAGAGGAUCUCACUGAGUCUAACUUCAAUGCUGUUGUCACUCGGGACGAAUUUUUUACUUCCGAGAUAGUGACUUUCAAGGAAACUAGUAAAAAAGAUUCUGAAGUGGAUGAGUCGUCUGCAGGAGGGAAAUUGAGGAUAUUAAGCUUGAAUAAACUCUUGGUUCCUUUUGAAGAAUUACAGGCAGAUAUGUCGUCUGGAGGAAAAACAUUUGCUACUGAUGGAUCUUCUGGAAGUAUCAAUUCAAUGCCUAUGGAUUCUGCGCUUAAACAAAAACCAAAACGAUUAGAUCGCCCGAGUAAAGCAACAUCUCAGAAGGUUCUCAAAAAUCCUGAAAGCUUUGGCAAUCCCUCAGGACUUGAGAACUUCAUAAAAAAUUCACCCAUUAAGGAACGUGAGGAAGGAGACUGGACCAGGGCCGAAAAGAUGGUCCAGACAGGGGAAAGAGAAGAAGUUGAACUGAUUAGUUCCAGUACUGGAGGAUUUGCUCUUCCUCUACAGGUAUCUUUUGGUUCCUUGACUGGAUUUCUACCUCACCGCAACCUUGGUGCUCGGUGGAAGUUUUUAGCUUUUGAGUCAUGGUUGAGAAGAAAAGGUCUGGACCCAUCUAAUUACAGGCAAAACCUGGGCAUAAUUGGAAACUAUGAAGCUAACAGCAUGGGCGAUACCUCUGAGCUAAUAUUAGAUCCAGAAAGUGGCCCUAAAACUGCAAUAACACCGGAUAUGAAACUUGAGGAUCUGCUCAUGAUUUAUGACCAAGAGAAACUCAAAUUCAUAUCAUCCUUUAUUGGUCAGAAAAUCAAAGUGGGUGUAGUAUUGGCUGACAGAAAUUCCCAGAGGCUAAUAUUGUCCCUCAAACCACGAGAGAAUGAAGAAUCGGCCAAAAUGAAAAGGAGUCUCAUGAAGAUUGAGGCAGAGGGUCAUAUUUAUGAAAUUGACCCAGUUGAUUUGAAUUUCAAACUUCUUGACCUUGAAUGCUAUUCUAUUUCACAGGCACGACUAAAUGUUGGAGAUGUAGUCAAGUGUUGCAUUACAAAGGUCACAUAUUUUGGUAUCUUUGUCGAGGUUGAAGGAGGGGUACCAGCACUAAUUCAUCAGUCAGAAGUUUCUUGGGAUGCCACCUUGGAUCCUUCAACAUACUUUCAAGUUGGCCAGACGGUUGAUGCGAAAGUUCACCAAUUGGAUUUUUCACUUGAACGUAUAUAUUUGUCUUUGAAGGGAAUCACGCCGGACCCACUGAUGGAGGCGCUGGAAGCUGUUGUUAGCGAUCACAAUUCUUUGGAUGAUAGACUUGAAGCGGCUCAGGCAGAUACUGAGUGGCCAGAUGUGGAGUCACUCAUCAAAGAAUUACAGCAAUUUGAUGGAAUUCAAUCUGUGUCGAAAGGACGUUACUUUUUAAGCCCUGGUUUGGCGCCUACAUUUCAGGUCUAUAUGGCCUCAUUGUUCGAAAAUCAGUACAAGUUGCUUGCUCGAGCAGGAAAUAGAGUACAGGAGGUAAUCGUGCGGACCUCCCUGAGCAAAGACGAGCUCAGAUAUGCUAUUAUGACGUGCACGAAUAGAGUAGAGUGAACAAAUCCCAAAUAAAAUGUCAAUGUCCCUAAUGAGCGGCCUGCGGAUAUAUGUUAUGGCGUGACAGUUUUUAUAGUUCGUGUUAUAUAAAUAAUUGUGAAUUUAAAUAAUUUCGUUUUCACACGAGACCACCAGAGACCAAUUAUAGAAAAGCAACGAUAAAAGUAUUGUGAAAAUUUAUAGUAUUAGAUAGUUAUUGUAAUUUUUACUAUUACUUGGAAUAUCUCCUGCCUGGGCGAGGAAAAAUUCAUCUGCAAGAACUUACAAGGCCCUUGUCUUGAAGCGAUAAAGUCAAUGUGGAUAGGGAUUAGUGCCCUCAAAUACAAGGUCAAUGUUACUUUUGAAUUCUAAUUUUAAUUUAUGGCUAGAAACAAUCAUGUUCACAAUAACAAAAAGGGUCUUGAUCUCCGUAUUGGUCACAAUGUGGAUAGGGAUUAGUGCCCUCAAAGUAAUCGAAGCACAAU